GUGUUCUCUUCCGUGUACUCCUCCUUCACUUACAUUACGUGAUGUAAACACGAACGAGUUAAAAAAAAAGUUGCAGCGGCGAAUUCCAGGGGAAGAUAAACCCCUCCUCAAAUCACAUAUAUCAUCCUAAUAGCCUUCACUUAUGUAGUGUGAGGUGGCUACGUAAAAACUCAGUCAUAAAGUGAAAGACGGAACAGGAAAGAGCUAAAUUGGUUUGAUCAGAAGAGCAACACGUUGCAUUUUCUAGGAUGAGGCACAGAUUGUAUGCUCGUUUACAUGGCCUUGUUAUUUUAAUUUUCCAGGUUUCUGCUGAUCUAGGUGUUCUUCGCGUAACAAAUUAUGUGACACCUCCACUUUCAAGUGACUAUUGCCUGGUGUAUAACUCGAAAUGGACACAUCUUCCACAGACAAGCAAUAAUGCUACCAGCUAUGUUCUCAAAAACAUAAUUUACACGGAACUCUGCAAAAAUUCUGACGUUCCUGCUGGUGGCAUUAAAGACGAGGCUGUUGCUGUGAUGAGAGGCAAUUGCACAUUUGUAGAAAAAGGCAGGAUUGCUCAAGCUGCCGGUGCAGGAGCUAUGCUGAUUGCCAGCGAAGAUGGCCUGGUGCCUCCUUCUGGAAACCAAACAGAUUAUGACAAUAUUACAAUUCCUGUUGUUAUGAUCAAAUCUAGAGAUAUACUAGAUGUAGAAAAGACCCUAGGAAAGAAUGUCAGAGUGCAGCUUUUUUCGCCGCCAGUGUCUGUAUUUGACUACAGUAUUCUGAUUAUCUUCCUUAUUGCUAUGUUCACAGUAUCAGUAGGUGGCUACUGGAGUGGAGUACCUGAUGAAGAUACAGGAGGACGUUCUUUGUCAGACUCUGGGAACAGUGAAAAGAAACAAAGUGACAAAAAUGUCAGUUUUACUGUAUUUACUGUUCUCAUAUUUGUGGCUGUCUGCUGUGUAAUGCUGGUUCUGCUUUAUUUCUUUUACAAGUAUUUAGUGUACGUUGUUAUAGCAAUCUUCUGUUUGGCAUCUGCUCUUGCUCUCUACAAUUGCUUGUCUGCUUUGGUUACAAAGAUAACAGUUGGAAGAUGUAGAUUUACAUUUCGUACUAAAGUCAUUGAAGUGAGACUCCUCUUUCUUGCUACAUUUUGCAUUGCACUUGCUGUAAUUUGGGCAGUUUUUCGAAACGAGGAAAGGUGGGUGUGGAUUUUGCAGAAUAUAUUAGGAAUUGCUUUCUGCAUAAACUUUAUCAAAACACUAAAAAUGCCCAACUUUAAGCUGUGUGUUUUAUUACUCAUCCUGUUACUGAUUUAUGAUGUCUUUUUUGUCUUCAUAACUCCAUUUUUCACAAAGAAUGGACAGAGCAUUAUGAUAGAAGUUGCGGCUGGGCCAAGCAGUGAUGAAAAGACUGGUGGAGACAUUCUGGAAGUCCCAGCUGACACCCCAGCUCCCCAAGAGAAAUUGCCAGUGGUUAUUAGGGUACCAAGACUAAUGAAUUCUGCUCAGACACAGUGCACAGUGAUGUUUUCACUACUGGGAUUUGGUGAUAUGAUUGUGCCAGGAUUGUUGAUUGCUUAUUGUCGAAGAUUUGAUGUUCGGAUUGAUUCUCGCAUCUAUUUUAUAUCUUGCACUUUAGCAUAUGCAGUUGGCAUGGUGAUAGCCUUCACAGUUCUCAUCUUGACAAAAAUGGGACAACCAGCUUUACUCUAUCUUGUGCCUUUUACUAUCAUAACCAGCACAGUCAUUGCUUGGAGACGUGGUGAAAUUAAAAUGUUUUGGAAAGGCAGCAGUUAUGAGGUAUUGGAAUCUUCCAGGAAGCCUUUGUUACAAGAUGAUGAACCCCCUGGAGUCAUCAGUGAAUGAAAGUGACAAGGAUGUUGUUGAAUAGCCGCAGAACAUUAGUUUUAAUGUAGUGGUCAUAUUUUUACUGUCUCCUAUAAGUAAUAAGGGGUUUAGUCCUAAUACUAGUUUUGUUUAAUAUGUCAAACAACACUGAAUCAUUAAGGAAUGAAGACACAAGAAGUUGCUGCAAUUACUUUUUUUCAUUUUGUUCUACUGAUUGUUUUUUCUUUUUAUAUUGCCAUGCUGACAUUUUAAGUGUUUAAUUAAAAAGUGCCUUAAUCUACAAAGCAACAAGACACUACACUUGUAGUGAGAAUAAGUAUUAUUAAUUUGGUGUUUAUUUUUAUUGUAAAUAGAGUUUGAAUGAUUACUUUAUUACGGGACUAAGUAUUGAUUUAGCCCAUUGCUAUCUAGCAGUAUUCUCACCAGCACUUAAGUAGAGGUAAACAAAAAGAAUAUUCUUUUGUCAAAUCUUUGGGAACUUUGACACAAUCAAAAUUCUUGCAUCAGGUUGUUGCGACCUCAUUCAGCUUGAAAUCUGUUUGAAUGUAUUCCAUGUCCAAAAAUUUGUUGUACCACUGCAUUUUUGAUACAACUAUGGCCUAGAUUCAUUUUGAUAAAAACUAAAUUACUUAAUUUCACAUGUCAGUUUUCACUUUUUUUAUGUUUUUAAAACUUAACACUUAACCGUAUCCAGAUGACUUGGCACAUUCCAUCUUGGUAAAAGUUAAAGCUUUCCAUGUUGUUAUCUGCCAAGUACAUGGCAAAGCUAUAAUGUUUAUUGUGUUGCCUUUCAGUGGGCUGUGUUAGUGAUGAGCAACAGACAUGGUCUUUACAGCCUACAAAUCUUGCAAGAGCUUUUUUUCUGUAAACAUGUUCAUAUGUCUCAGUCUCCAUUAAUGUAUCAGGCUUUUGAGUUGUCAUUCUCAUGAGUACUGGGUGACUUAAUAUCAGUAGGGUUCUCACUUUACAUGUGACAAAAGUGGGAUGUGUCUUACUGAAGUACUGUAUUUUACAGGACAAACCACACUCUCAACCAAUACAAAGGGCCUUCACUCUAUUAUCAAAAUUGGGUACUUACAUAUUAUCGCAACCAGAUAUUCGCGUUUGUGAAAACCGCAUAAAGAUCUUGAAACAGUGUCAUUAAUGUUGGCGAAAUGUAGUCUAACGUGUCCUUAUACUCCAGCAUUGUCUUUUCUGUAGUGAUGGCAAUAAAAUUGAAAAAACAUACUGUUCGUCUUUCUUUCCGCACUUCACUAGCAGCAUUUCUUUUCUUGCAAGUCUGCCUGCUGCUUCAUUCUUUCUUGGGCCAGCACAUAUUGUGAAAAAACUGUAAUGUGCAAUUAUUUCAAUAUGCAUGCCAUAUUGUACUGUGCUGGAAAUGGGGGUUGAGAUGACUUGAGCAGUAUGUGAAGAAAAUGUAGUGGCUUUUUGUGGGACUUGGUUGCGAAAGAACAGAAAUGCACUCUGUUAGCUUUCUCUUUCAAUCCUGCACAUGCUGUGUUGGCCUCAGGAGUGUAUGUUUUACUGGUAACAGUAUCACGUCUGUAAAUGUUGCUUUCUCCCCCUUUUUUGGCUGGAGUGGAAACUGUCACCUGCUUUUUUACCCCCUUUUCGGCUGGUAUGGGAACGGUCAACCUUUAAAAACAGUUCUGGACAAGGGAAUAUGCUGAAAUACAUUAGCAGACAUCGCUUUUGCUGCCACGAAAAAAAGAACGUCCAGCGGGCAGACUUACAAUAAUCGACAUGCUGGCAGUCAAGUGCAUAAAGAAAUAACCACAGUAUGUUUUUUCUGACUUUUCAGUGAUAACACUCCCCAAAACAACCUGAACUUUACAGAAAACACAGUAUUUAACAUUUUGAAAACAUUAACGAACAUAUUGCCUGAUCGUCAACCAGCCAGUAUUGCCGUAAAAAAUCUGGUUGCGAUAAUACGCAAGUACCCAAAAUUGUCACUGCUGUAGAAUUUUAAUUUCAUGUCAUAAAAUUGUUUCUAAUACAGCAGCAUAGCUUUCUGCAUUAUAUUGAAAAAAGUGAGUGUAAAAAUGUUUUUUUCAUGUAAAAUGUCAGGACAUUUGUCAUUUUUGCACAUUUUUUUUUUCGUAAGGCACAUCUACCUAAAUUAAGCCUGCCUUACAGAAAAAUAGCUAAGAGGCAAACCUGUGAAUUAGUUCCUAAAACCAGAGCAGAGGUCACAUAUUUGCCCUCAAAAUAAGGUCAUGGGUUAUAUUACUAACAGCUUGAAAAAGGAAAAAAUGCAUUUGCCCAUUGACGGUACGAGACAGCAAGCCUGUCUGUUCUGCCUUUUAAAAGCACCUUUUUCACUUGUAUCAUGUCAUCUUGAAUGUCUGUCCAUUUUAAUGUUGGUAGCUUAAAUGUUUAAAAAUGCCUUAAUCUACUCAGAAAUAAAAUGUUGCACUUGUACAGAGAA